CGCAUUGAGUUUUUUUCCAUUCACUUUGCAACAUCCUCUUCUGUCAAGAACGCUGUCAAGAAUCGCACCGUAUCUUUAUACUCAGCGUGUUGGGGUGCACCUUAGGCUCUUAGGCCACUUGUUCUUUAUCCCGUUGCCCUCGAAAUGUCUACUGUGAAAGACGCAGUCUCGAAACUGACAAACCGUCGCGUCAAAGCGAUCGCGCCCUUGAUUCCACCCCAGAUCCUCAUGGAGGACUACCCCCUAACUCUCCGAGCAGCGGAUACGGUACUCGAAGGGAGGAGCCAGGUAGAAGCGAUUCUUAGAGGGGAUGAUGAUCGAUUACUUGUUGUGGUCGGGCCGUGCUCUGUACAUGAUGUCGAGGCUGGUGUUGAGUACGCCAAGUCCCUGAGAGCCUACGCGGAGACUGCAAAGGAUGAGCUCCUCAUCCUCAUGCGAGUCUACUUUGAAAAGCCCAGAACAACUGUUGGGUGGAAAGGUCUUAUUAAUGACCCUCUAAUGAAUGGGUCCUUCAAAAUCAACCUCGGGUUGCGAACCGCCCGAAAUUUCCUUUUAAACAUCACGUCUUUGGGACUCCCAACAGCUUGCGAGUUCCUCGACACCAUCACUCCCCAAUAUAUUUCCGAUCUUGUCUCCUGGGGCGCUAUUGGGGCCCGCACCACCGAAUCACAAGUCCACCGCGAACUAGCCUCGGCACUCAGCAUGCCUAUCGGAUUUAAAAAUGCAACAGAUGGUGGCGUGGAAAUAGCCGUUGAUGCAUGCCGCGCCGCAAGGAGCGGUCAUGUCUUCCUUUCCGUUGGAAAGGAGGGCUUGAGCUCCAUUGUUGAAACCGAAGGUAACCCAGACACGCACAUAAUCUUACGCGGUGGAAAAAGUGGGCCAAAUUAUGAGGCCCAGCAUGUAAAAGCCUGUGUGGCGAAACUGAGCAAGGCGGGAUUAACUGAGAGGGUUAUGAUCGACUGUUCCCAUGGGAAUUCCCAGAAGAUUCAUCACAAUCAACCUAAAGUCGCUGACAACAUUGCCAUCCAGCUCGAAGAUCCCGACUCUGAAACCGCCCAUUCGAUCAUGGGCGUGAUGAUCGAGAGCAAUUUGGUGGAGGGGAGACAGGAUAUCCCGGCUUCCGGUCCAUCGGGUUUGAAAUAUGGACAAUCCGUCACCGAUGCUUGUAUCUCCUGGAUAUCGACGGUGCCAGUUCUUGACCGUCUCCGACAAGGCGUGAGGGCCCGUCGUAGGAAUAAAAGGUUGGUCUAUGAAAGGAGCGUGGAAGUAGUUGCCAAAAGUGGGACCACUACUCCAAUCUUCCCAUCGCCCGAUGGGCAGACGAGUGUCCCGCUCCCUAGCGGUGCUAAUGGUUUCGCAAACGGAGUCCAUUGAUCCUCUCCUCGACGAUAUGUUACUUGUCCAAAUGCCAUGCUGACCCUGUAUGUACGUGUAUAUGCAAUAUCUACAUGAAUAUCAUUAGUCUUGAGUCCCUC